GGAAUUCUGAAUGGCAUUUGUUUCGAACCCGGAUACGACCCGACGGAAAUCAACAUCGUUAUUUCCUCUUCUCCGUUUCAAUUCUAACCCUAAUAGUCAAUCGUCAGAGUUCAAGUAAUCGUCUUCAUUGGCAAUCAUCAAUACUCAGGGAUUUAUUAGCAGAAGAAGCCUUAAAUGUAAAUGGAAUCGUCUCUUGACUGCUCUCUUGCAUAUUCAGAUCGCUUCAACCUCCUUGUUCUUCGUCCAAUCCUUGCUAUCUCCUUUGUGCUUUCCUUGCUUCUUCUGGGUUGGUUCUUGGCCUGGAAGCUACUAUUGGUUCACGUCCCUCUGGUCCAGGAGAUAUUUGGUCUUAAGAAGAAACCAUCUCUUCCCAAGCCCUUAACCCGCCACCGGUUCUCACGUUUUUACAACACCCUUCAACAUUAAUUUUACGAUAACUUUCACGUCUCUGCUCCUUAGUGGCUGGUUGAUCUGAGUUUACUUCUUGGAAAUUAGCAUUGUUGAAUCAUUAGUAGACCGACCUAACUAUUCUCUGCAAGGCUUUCCAGUAAAGCAAUGGCGCUGAGGCGUUUCUUUGGUUUUUCUGAUGGUGAGCUGAUGAGAUCUGAUGCAAAACCUUGUUCGAGAUUGAUGAGGCAUACUGCUGGGGUUUUUAGCGUUGGAGGAGCUCUAGGAUUUUGGAUUCUCUGUCGUUUGCAUUACGGUCCUAGAGUGAACGUUCCUCGAAGUCUGAGGUGGGCAGGUACCGGAGCCUUGACUGUAAGUGCAAGCACAGCUUUACUGGUUCGCCUUUUCAGUGCCGAGUGUGAACCCCAAAACAUAGAAGCCUUUGACAAGAAGAGGAAAAAAUAACGGUCAGUGACUAAAACCAUAGCGACUAUAAGGUUGACAGUUGCUACAAAAUGUCGAUUACUUUUGUAAGAUAUUAUUUGUGUUUGCUUUAAAUGACCCAAGCAUGUACGAUAUGAAGUAAAAGGUUGUUUAUUACAUGCUUACCGCCGUCUUACCGGGUAAGAGGUGUUUAUCCGGUCAAAGAUGUUGCUUUCUGC